AUGGCGUCCACCGACAGUUCGACCUCCAGCCAAAUAUCCACCGUGGCAGCUGAUGAACACAAACGAUCAGUCGAUGAUGCUUUUCUGAAUAAAUUGAAGAGCCUCGUUGAACGAUUAAGGUUUGAAAACGCAACCAUGAAGAAGUCGCUCGACAUCGAGCGGAGCGAGGGUAGAGCGCUGAAGGCCCAAUACGAAAGCACUAUCAGAAAUUUAAAGACUGAAUAUAAAAAGAAGGAAGAUCUAUUAGAAAAACAAUUAAGAUCACUAAAUAGAACAGAAAAACCAGAAGACUCAUUCGGAUCUAAUAAACUCGUGGAAUUAAAACGGCUUACAACUGAAAUUCAGUCUUUAAAAGCAACAAAUAAGGGCCUUCAAGAAAAAAUCAAGGUAAGCACGUUACAAUUACGUUGGUUUAAGUUUGAAUAUUUUAAAACGGGAAAAUAA